AUGUGUUUGUAUAUGCGAUUUCAAUUCUUAGCUCCAGCGCUAGUCACCGCUAGUCUUCUAAGUUUCAUCCAAUCACUCUCAUUCAAUCCUAUCUCAGCAAUCGAGGAUAUCCUUAUCGUUCUUUUUCUACACUUGGCUAAUAUCUUCGACAAUGUGGGCUGGCUGAAGGCUUUCAGUGUCCUCAUACCGAUUUCCCUCUUGGCUAUUCCUGCUAUUGUCUUUUCUUGGGCAUCAGCGGUAUCAUAUGUCCAGCGGAAAUUAAUCCUAUGGUGUCAAAGCGACCCAGAACAGGAGAAAUGCUUGCUGGGAAAGCCUUUGUUCUUUCCAUCACAACUCACCCACGCAAGGAUUUUUCCAGAAAAGUACCAUUAUGGGAUUGACUACUUUCUCGUGGGAAUUCCCGUGGGUCUUCGUGGUAGGGUUGGCGCAUUGCUGUCAGUUGACAGUGAUGGAUCAGAUCCACGCUCUCCGACUUUCAACUCUUUUCGAUCUUCCCUGAAAAGACUCUUCCGGAAGUGCAUUUGGUUCAGCAUUGAUACGAGCCAGUAUCUUCAUCGCGGGGAUGGUCACAUGAGCCUGACGCAAAAGUUGGAGCAUUUCUUGACAGAACGGGGCGAGGAUGUUAACGACUAUCCCUACGCAUAUCUUAUCAGCAUCCCCCAAUUUUGUUGGUGGACUAAAAGUCCAAUCUCCUACUGGUACCUCUACUCCCCAUCAAAGGAGCUCGUCGCAAUAAUCAUGGAGAUCAAUAAUUCCUACGGAGAGAAAAAGAAUGCCUUCUGUCGACUGACCAGAGAAGAAAAUUCCAUUUUUGACAAGGCGAAAACUUCUGCAAUUCUCAGCACUACAUCAGGAAGAGGGCCCAGGGGCAUCCAAACUGUCCGGUUCAUGUCUUCCGCACCCACUGCCAAGUAUUAUAAGGGCAGCUGGGGCAAGGACAUAUUUGCAUCCCCAUUCGAAAAGGUCGAGGGCUGGUUCAAUCUUCGAUUUAUGGACCCCCUUGACUCAUUACCUGAAAAGGGAGGCCCGCUACAUUCCAAUAUGACCCUUAUGAGCCUGGAGGGCAAACCAAAACUCUCUAGUCGUCUGUUUUCAAGUGAAAUACCACUUGAUCCCCUCUCAGCUUCGUCCUGGGAAUUGACCAUAUUUCUUCUUCGCUGGUCCUUUGUUAUUCCGUCAUCUAUAGGCCGGAUUGUGGUUGAGGCGCUUCGAAUCCGGUUCCGAGGUAAUAUGCCAUAUCUGAACAAACCUGAGACGAAGAAAAAUAAUAUCCCACGUAAUGCCUCAAAGCCAGAACGGACUUUGGAGCAGUUUUUCCGGAUGUACCUCUCUUAUCUGGUAAAACAGUGCCAGUUUCCUCUGGAAGUGAUCUACACACCUGCCAAGUCACUGCAUCUCUGUCCCAUCUCCAUAAGCUCCCCUGUCAAGGACCGCGCUUUGGCACCGCCCCCCGUUUUGAAAAUUCAACCCCUCACCCCUCGGUUCUACACCAACAUUGCAAAAUAUCCAGAUGCCAAAUUAGGCUUUCCCGCAGAGAUCGAGAACAUGCCACAGGUCUCCGAUCCGAUAUCUCAACGCCUCUGGGUGUCCGAUCCAGCACUGUUGAAAAAUUUGAUUGACACGGAAAAUCCUUGUACUGGCCUCGAAAAAGUCAAUCCCUGCUCCCCUUCUGCAAGCCGUCUCCUGUGGCAAAGCACGUCAACAGGUAAAUCAUUCAUGGACAACUUCACCGACUCUCACUGUUCCAGUACUCUGCGUACAACUUAUCGGGCCGCACGCAUUCAUUGUUACCUGACAGAAAAGUUCGCGUGGGGGUCAUACAAAGUAGCUACAGUCUAUGGUAUUCUACUGCGCGCGAUUAUCAUGCGUCUUGUCUGGAAGGGACUAUGGCAGAUGCAGUGUAACUUGGCUACGGUGUGGUUUGCAGACGGUUUGACGAUCUCUGGAACCUUCUUCCUGCUGGUUCGUGCAUGGAGGGCCUUAGCAGGCAGAUUUUACCAACACUUGUAG